AUGAAUUUUUUUCUUUCUUCUUCUUUCUUUCAUUCUUUUCCUUCUUUCCACUCUCUUCUUCUUCUUCUUCUUCUUCUUUCCAUUCCUGUAGCAUUCUUUCAUUUUUCUUUCUUCUUCUUUCUUUCAUUCUUUUCCUUCUUAUCACUCUCUUCUUCUUCUUCUUCUUUCCAUUCCUGUAGCAUUCUUUCAUUUUUCUUUCUUCUUCUUUCUCUCAUCUUUCUCCUCUUUUCCACUCUUCUUCUUCUUCUUCUUCUUCUUCUUCUUCUUCUUCUUCUUCUUCUUCUUCUUCUUUCCAUUCCUGUAGCAUUCUUCUUCAUCAUCAUCAACUUUUUUCUCACACUUCCUCCUCCAUCUUCCCACACUUUAAACCUUCUUCUUGUUGUUACUCCUCCUCUUCUAUUGCUUCCACUUGACCCUUCUUCUUCAUCCCACUCCUCCAGCUCCAUUUUCUCCUCUUCUAUCAACUCCUUGACCCUUCUUCUUUUACUUCUCACUCUCUUCCUCUUCCCCCCCGUCCCCCUCCUCCUCCUCCUCCUCUUCCUUUCACCUCUAUUAAUUUCUAAUUCCACCCCGCCCCACAACAUUAUUCUCUAA